UGCGCUUUGAAGAAGAUUAGUUUGUACUCGAAGUCUUCGGAUGGUGUAUGUGAAUGCGGAAAUUGGUGCUAAGAUGAAGAACUCUUUUUGUAGUUAUGUUCUCCUGGUGAUCUGUGUUAAAGCUGCUUUUGCGCAGUUUGGUGGACCAUCUCCAACGAACUUUCACGAUGAUCGAGGGAGAUUAUCUCCACAGCAACAAGGGCAUAUUCUCAGUGACGUGCAGCAACAUCAACAUAGAUUUAGCGUUAACAGUCCGCAGUUUCCAGUACCACAACCACCGACUGCAUCUCCCACAGCAGCGAUCACAAAUAAUCAAUUUCUGAAUCAUCAAUUUUUACAAAACCGACAGGUGUUACUGAACCAUCCGCCUCAGGUACCAAACCAUUAUCGAUCCUCUGUAAUUUCGGGGCUACAACCUCAGUCGAAUGCACAUCUUUUACUACCUUCUCAAAAUGCACAAGCACAAUUUUAUCAACAGCCAAAUGCACUUCUUCAACCUUCGCAAACUACACAGAUUACUUUUCCCGAACAAGCGCAACUUAAUAAAAAAUUUCAGGUACACAUUGACCCAGAAGUUCAGAAAAAGCUUCAAGAAAAAAAGGCGAUUAUAGAAAAACAUAAUAUCUAUGUAGAGAAACAGUAUGAAAAAGCUCUAAAGAAAGCUCAAACCGAUCACGUCGAAUUUGUCGACCAGCAAAAGGAAUUGAAGAAAAAGUUGUACGCGCGUGUGUAUAGGCCCCCAGGCUCUCCUGGCGUGAGGUACUCCAUAAAUCAACCCAGGUAUUUAUAUCCGGAAGAGAUAUCUCUGUUUAACGUAGCCGUCAAGAAAUAUUACGAGGAGCAUCCUACAACAACCACCACCACAACGACCACUACUACCACAACCGAAGCUCCAGUGACCACAAAGGAUAUCGAAGAUUCGUCCGCGUCUGAGGCGCACGCACAAAACCUUUACAAACAAAUCCAAGCAGUUUCAAAUCAAGAGUUAACGAAACCCUUUUUACCAACCGCCUUACCAGUCACAAAGGUAAGAACGAUACAAUCGCUUGAGGAUUUGACACAGUUACAAAGCCAAUAUAAAAACCGACAAAUCAGAAAGGACGACUUAUUGGCGCAACUGAAACUGGCAAUCGGCGAAAACCCCGAGGAGGGAUUCGGGAGUAACGCCACUUCUAGAGAGGUUUCCUUAGCGAACGGACAGAAAGUGCAAAUUAUUAAAACCUCAGAUCCGUCGCUGAUUCCAGGUGCAACCCCUUUAAACCAGAAUUCCUUGCAGCAAAUCAUUGCGCCUACAACAACCUUAAAACCGCCAAAACAAAUAAUACAAGAGUUAACGCAUGGGGUGCUGCCACCAGGUGCGAAGUUUGAGGUGUUACGUCAUGGCGAAGACGGUUUGGAACAGCUUAAAGCUCUACCCACUAAUAUACCGAAUCAAAAGAAAGUCACCUUUGUUUUAUUAGAAGAACAGGCCGAUGGUAGUUUAAAGGUGCAAGGAGUUAAAGGAAAUGGUGAGAAAGAGAAAAGUGAGUUUGAUUACGAUUCGAUUUUAAAACAAAUUAAAGAAGGCGAGAUUAAGCUGCCCAAUAACGUGAAAUUGCCACCAGUCACAAAGCAGCCAUCAACAACUGCAACUCCGCUAGAAACCACAACGGAAAAAAUCACUAAGAGCAUUAAGGUAUCAACUACCUUCGGCAGUUCCUUUUCGCCUCAUAUAACACCAUCAACACGCUUGGUUGCUAGAAGCACAACUCCCAAGCCGACUCUAAGCACUAGGCUAGAUUCGUCUACUAGACGCGUAUAUCACAACGCACAAGAUGACCUGCUUCGACAGGCGUCAUCGGCUACCGCCAGUAGCAGAAAUGUUCUCGUCAACAACUACGAGGUUUCCUCGACCUACCACCCCGUGGUAACCUCUCGUUCAACUACCACAACCACCGUUAAACCACCGGAGGACUUGGUCGAAAUUUUAAAGAAGCACUCUUUGUAUGCCAUGUCUAAAUUUUUAAAACAGUCCGGACUGGAUACUAUACUAAAUGAAACUGGCCCGUAUACCGUAUUUGCGCCCACUGAUAAAGCGUUUAGGACACUUUUAGUUCAGCUGGGCGGCCCAGAAAAGGCCGAAGAGAAGUUUAAGGAAAAUCCGCGAUUAUUAAGUGGCCUCUUGUUACAUCAUGUAAUACCAGGCGCAUUUAAAAUAGAGUCUUUGCAAGAUGAGAUGACUGGGGUGUCAUUAGCAGGUACACAGUUGCGGGUCAAUCAGUAUAAGAUGCACGAUGUUGAAUGGAACGAUGUGAAGGUUACAACGAUAAAUGGGGCCAAAAUUUUGGAUGGGAAAGAGGAUAUCGAAAUACCUCAGGGUGUGGCGCAUACAGUUGACAGGGUGAUGUUCCCAUUACCAGUGGGGGAUAUUGUGCAAACUUUACAAUCAGAUCGCGAACGGAGAUUUACUAAUUUUUUGAGAGCGUUAUUCAGCUCGGGCUUGGUUGAAAGUCUGCAAGGUACCAAGACGUUUACGCUCUUCGCACCAACCGACAAAGCGUUUGCCGGACUAUCACCUGAAGAUUUAUCCAAAAUGGUCACAGAUGAGGCUUUAUCCAAAGAACUGGUAAUGAGACAUCUAACACAUGGUACUCUAUUCACAACUGGCAUGAGGUACUAUCAGGUUCGAGACAGUUUAGAAGCAGAUCAUCAAAUUACGAUCAGUAAAAGUACAGGAAAAGUAAAAGUGAACAACGUGAAUAUCGUCACUCAAAAUAUUCCGGCCACAAAUGGAGCCAUUCACGCCGUAGAUGUUUUAUUAUAAACGCACAUUCCUGCCAUCAUCAUCUUCGAUCAUUUACAUAUUUAAAAAAAAUGUACAUAGAUUAGAUUUAAGAUUAUUGACGAACGUACUAAGCAAGUGAUCGUUAUGUAUUUCCUGUUAUUUUACUUGUGUAAUGAAAGGAACAAAUUGUUAUUUUAUUAUUUGUAGUAACUUUUAUUUAAUAAAAUGCGUUAAUUUAUCA